ACAAAACUACAAAAAGUGUAAUAAUGGCAGCAUUUAUAGCAAAACAAAUGGUUGGAAAUCAAUUGUCGGCCGUUAAAGACAUCGGUGGCGGAGAAAGUAUGACAGCCGAAGAAAAGGAACGGUUAGCUCAGUUAGAACAGGAAAGGCUUGAAGCGCUCCGAGAACAAGAAGAGAGAAGAAAAGAAAAGCACAGAAAGAUAGAAGUGGAGAGAGAAAAGAUGAGGAAAGGGAUUAGGGAUAAGUAUAACAUCAAAAAGAAAGAGCAGAUCAGUCGAGAGGAGUCCAUCGAUGCCAUUAAAAAACAGGACUCUGUCUGCUCUGAGAGUGGACUCAAUCGCAGAAAGAAAACACCUGAAGAAAUGACCGCCGAAGCAGAGGAGGCAGAUCUCGACGACUUUAGCAAAUUCAAGAACUCAUUGGAACACAGAUUCAGUGAAUUGAAGAACUCUAUUGAGUCGAGAUGUGUCAUACAAUAG